AUGGCCAUGGUGGCCCAGCUAAGUCACCAGGGCCACCGGCGAAGACGAGAACUUGGGGCUCAGACCGGUUUGAAUAGGCUGUCUGAGGCCGCAGAGCUGGGGAGCAGCAGUGGGUACUCCGCCCCGGGCCACCCCGAGGCCUCGAAUGCCCGACUAAGGAGUGCGGUUGCUGUGUCGCAGGCAGGGGUUGGGGGAGUGAUAGGCUCUCGCCGUGUGGCUGGGACACCCCCAGAGCAGCAGAGUACCUGGAGCUACCGCGCGGGUCCGGGGGGCAGGACACCCGAGCGCAAACUCGCGACAGGGCGGAGGGCUUGUCUGCCGAGAGAAAACCGCCCUAGCGGGGACACGGGCCCUUGCAGCUACACGGAGGUUGCCAACAACGUGCAGAAGGAGGAGACGGUGCUCAAUGUCCAGUUCGUGCUGCUGGACUGCUCCCACCUCAAGUUCUCGCUGGUACAGCAUUGCAACGAGUGGCAGAACAAGUUCACGACCCUGCUCAAGGAGAUGGCGGCCCGGCGCCUCCUGGAGCUCCACGCCUACCUGCAGGACAACGGGGACAAAAUCAGCCACCCUCCCCAGACGCUGGAGGAACUGGGGGUCAGUUUGCAGCUCAUGGAGACCCUGCAGCACGACCUGCCCAACCUGGAGACCCAGAUCCCCCCCAUCCACGAGCAGUUCACCAUUCUCGAGAAGUACGAGGUGCCGGUUCAGGAGAACGUCCUAGAGAUGCUGGACCAUCUCAACGGGGAGUGGGUCAUCUUCCAACAAAUCCUGCUGGAUAGUGAACAAAUGCUGAAGAAACACAAGGAGAAAUUCAAGACAGGCCUCAUCCACUCAGCGGACGACUUCAAGAAGAAAGCGCAUAAUCUCCUGGAAGACUUUGAAUCUAAAGGCCCCUUCACCAGUAACGUGGGACAUCAGGCAGCCUUGGAGCAGAUCGCCCAGGUGCGGGCCAUGCUGAAUGCCAUGCGGGAAGAAGAAAACAGUCUCCGCUCCAACCUGGGCAUCUUCAAGAUCGAGCAGCCAGCCUCCAAGGACCUGCAGAACCUGGAGAAGGAGCUGGACGCACUGCAGCAGGUGUGGGAGAUCACACGGGACUGGGAGGAGAACUGGAACCAGUGGAAGACGGGCCGGUUCCUGACGCUGCAGACGGAGGCCAUGGAAACGAUGGCACAAGGGCUCUUUCGCCGUCUCACCAGGCUGGCCAAAGAGUACAAGGACCGCAACUGGGAAAUUAUCGAAACCACUCGCUCCAAAAUAGAGCAGUUCAAGAGGACCAUGCCCCUCAUCUCGGACCUUCGCAACCCCGCCCUUAGAGAGAGGCACUGGGAUCAGGUCAGAGAUGAGAUCCAACGGGAGUUUGAUCAGGAAUCUGACCGCUUCACCUUGGAGCAGAUUGUGGAUCUUGGGAUGGACCAGCAUGUGGAGAAAAUCGGGGAGAUCUCUGCGUCGGCCACCAAAGAGCUGGCUAUAGAAUUGGCGUUACAGAACAUUGCCAAGACCUGGAGCGUGAUCCAGCUAGACAUAGUUCCCUAUAAGGACAAGGGCCAUCACCGACUCCGAGGCACAGAGGAGGUAUUCCAGGCCCUGGAAGAUAACCAGGCGGCUCUGUCUACCAUGAAGGCCUCUCGUUUUGUCAAGGCCUUUGAGAAGGAAGUGGACCGCUGGGAGCGCUGCCUCUCCCUCAUCUUGGAGGUCAUUGAGAUGGUGCUUACAGUGCAGCGCCAGUGGAUGUACCUAGAGAAUAUCUUCCUCGGAGAGGACAUCCGUAAGCAGCUGCCCAGUGAAUCAGCCCUAUUUGACCAGAUCAACAACAACUGGAAAUCCAUCAUGGACCGGAUGAGCAAGGACAGCAAUGCUCUGCAGAGCACCCACCAUCCAGGCCUGCUGGACACGCUGACAGAAAUGAACACAGUUCUGGAAGACAUUCAGAAAUCUCUGGAUAUGUAUCUAGAGACCAAGCGCCAUAUCUUUCCCCGCUUCUACUUCCUGUCCAAUGAUGACCUCCUGGAGAUUCUGGGCCAGUCCCGCAACCCAGAGGCUGUGCAACCACACCUCAAAAAAUGCUUUGACAACAUCAAAUUGCUGAGAAUGCAGAAGGUUGGGGGACCCAGCAGCAAAUGGGAAGCCGUGGGAAUGUUCUCAGGGGACGGCGAGUACGUUGACUUCCUCCACUCAGUCCUUCUGGAAGGGCCUGUGGAGUCCUGGCUUGGUGAUGUGGAGCGGACCAUGAGGGUGACCCUACGGGACCUUCUCCGGAACUGUCGCCUGGCCCUCAAGAAGUUUCUUAACAAGAGGGACAAGUGGGUGAAGGAGUGGGCUGGCCAGGUGGUGAUCACUGCCAGUCAGAUCCAGUGGACGGCUGACGUCACCAAGUGCCUGCUGACGGCUAAGGAGCGCGGAGACAAGAAAAUCCUCAAGGUCAUGAAGAAGAAGCAGGUGUCCGUCCUGAACAAGUAUUCGGAAGCCAUCAGGGGGAACCUGACCAAAAUCAUACGGCUGAAAAUUGUGGCGCUGGUGACAAUAGAAGUCCACGCCCGGGACGUGCUGGAGAAGCUGUACAAGAGCGGCCUCGUGGACGUCAGCUCCUUCGAGUGGCUCAGUCAGCUGCGCUUCUACUGGGAGAAGGAGCUGGACGACUGCAUGAUCCGCCAGACCAACACGCAGUUCCAGUACAGCUACGAGUACUUGGGGAACUCCGGCCGGCUGGUCAUCACCCCGCUGACCGACAGGUGUUACAUGACUCUGACCACAGCCCUGCACCUGCAUCGGGGGGGCUCCCCCAAAGGCCCAGCGGGCACGGGGAAGACAGAGACCGUCAAGGAUCUGGGCAAGGCCCUCGGCAUAUACGUCAUCGUGGUCAACUGCUCCGAGGGCCUGGACUACAAGUCCAUGGGCAGGAUGUACUCGGGCCUGGCUCAGACCGGCGCCUGGGGCUGCUUUGACGAGUUUAACCGCAUCAACGUGGAGGUGCUGUCCGUGGUGGCCCAGCAGAUCCUGUCCAUCCUGUCUGCCCUGGCCGCCAGCCUCACCCGCUUCUACUUCGAGGGCUUUGAAAUAAACCUGGUGUGGUCCUGUGGGAUCUUCAUCACCAUGAAUCCCGGCUAUGCCGGCCGCACGGAGCUGCCAGAUAACCUGAAAUCCAUGUUCCGUCCCAUUGCCAUGGUGGUGCCUGAUUCCACUCUUAUCGCAGAGAUCAUCCUCUUCGGGGAGGGCUUCGGCAACUGCAAGAUCCUGGCCAAGAAGGUGUGCACCCUGUACUCACUGGCUGUGCAGCAGCUGUCCAGGCAGGACCAUUACGACUUCGGCCUGCGCGCCCUCACCUCCCUCCUGCGCUAUGCGGGCAAGAAGCGCCGCGUGCAGCCAGAUCUGUCCGAUGAGGAGGUUUUGCUGCUCUCGAUGCGAGACAUGAACAUCGCCAAGCUCACCUCAGUCGACGUGCCGCUCUUCAACGCCAUCGUGCAAGACCUGUUCCCCAACGUCGAGCUGCCCGUCAUUGACUACGGCAAGCUGCGGGACGUCAUCGAGCAGGAGAUCCACGACAUGGGCCUGCAGAGCACACGGUUCACCCUCACCAAGGUCAUCCAGCUGUACGAGACCAAGAACUCCCGCCACUCCACCAUGAUCGUGGGCUGCACGGGCAGUGGCAAGACCACCUCGUGGCGCAUCCUCCAGGCCUCCCUGUCCUCCUUGUGCUGCGCCGGAGAGCCCAGCUUCAACACUGUCAGGGAGUUCCCCUUGAACCCGAAGGCGUUGUCCCUGGGGGAGCUGUAUGGGGAAUAUGACCUCAACACGAACGAGUGGACAGAUGGUGUCCUGUCCAGUGUCAUGCGGACGGCGUGUGCAGAUGAGAAGCCGGAUGAGAAGUGGAUCCUUUUCGAUGGCCCCGUGGACACACUGUGGAUCGAGAGCAUGAACUCGGUCAUGGACGACAACAAAGUCCUGACCCUCAUCAACGGGGAGCGCAUCGCGAUGCCCGAGCAGGUGUCUCUCCUGUUUGAAGUGGAGAACUUGGCCGUGGCCUCCCCCGCCACUGUGUCUCGCUGUGGGAUGGUCUACACCGACUACACUGACCUGGGCUGGAAGCCCUACGUGCAGAGCUGGCUGGAGAAGAGACCGAAGGCCGAGGCAGAACCCCUUCAGCGCAUGUUUGAGAAGUUCAUUAACAAGAUGCUGGCCUUCAAGAAGGACUAUUGCAACGAGUUGGUGCCCCUCCCGGAAUACAGUGGGAUCAUCUCCCUCUGCAAGCUCUACUCGGCCCUGGCCACGCCGGAGAACGGGGUGAACCCAGCCGACGGUGAAAACUACGUCUCCAUGGUGGAGCUGACCUUUGUGUUCAGCAUGAUUUGGUCCAUUUGCGCCUCCGUGGACGAGGAGGGACGCAAGAAGAUGGACAGUUACCUCCGAGAGAUGGAGGGCUCCUUUCCAAAUAAGGACACAGUGUACGAGUACUUCGUGGACCCCAAGAUGCGCACCUGGACGUCAUUUGAGAAUAAGCUCCCUAAGAGUUGGCGCUACCCUCCCAACUCCCCCUUCUAUAAGAUCAUGGUGCCCACGGUCGACACUGUUCGCUACAACUAUCUGGUGAGCGCCCUGGUGGCCAACCAGAACCCCGUCCUGCUGGUGGGUCCCGUGGGGACUGGAAAGACGUCCAUCGCCCAGAGUGUCCUCCAGUCCUUGCCCUCCAGCCAGUGGUCGGUGCUCAUCGUCAACAUGUCUGCACAGACCACAUCCAACAACUUGCAGAGCAUCAUCGAGAGCAGGGUGGAGAAGCGAACCAAGGGCGUCUACGUGCCGUUCGGGGGCAAGAGCAUGAUCACCUUUAUGGAUGACCUAAACAUGCCAGCGAAGGACACGUUUGGGUCCCAGCCCCCACUGGAGCUGAUCCGCCUCUGGAUCGACUACGGCUUCUGGUAUGACCGCGUGAAGCAGACCAUCAAGUACAUUCGAGACAUGUUCCUGAUGGCUGCCAUGGGCCCCCCCGGGGGCGGACGGACUGUCAUUUCUCCGAGGUUCCAGAGUCGCUUCAACAUCAUCAACAUGACCUUCCCCACAGAGUCCCAGAUCAUCCGAAUAUUUGGCACCAUGAUCAAUCAGAAGCUUCAGGACUUCGAGGAGGAGGUGAAGCCCAUUGGGAACGUGGUGACCGAGGCGACCUUGGACGUGUACAACACGGUGGUGCAGCGCUUCCUGCCCACGCCCGCCAAGAUCCACUACCUCUUCAACCUCCGGGACAUCUCCAAGGUGUUUCAGGGAAUGCUCAGGGCCAACAAGGACUUCCACGACACCAAGUCCAGCAUCACACGACUCUGGAUCCACGAGUGUUUCAGAGUCUUCUCGGACCGGCUGGUGGAGGCAGCAGACAUGGAGGCCUUCGUGGGCAUCCUCAGCGACAAGCUCGGCUCCUUCUUUGACCUCACGUUUCAUAAUCUCUGUCCCAGCAAGCGUUCUCCGAUCUUCGGGGACUUCCUGAGGGAGCCCAGGGUCUACGAGGACCUGAUCGACCUGGCAGUACUGAAGGCGGCCAUGGAGACGGCACUCCGCGAGUACAACCUGUCCCCCGGGGUGGUACCAAUGCAGCUGGUGCUCUUCCGAGAGGCUGUCGAGCACAUCACGCGGAUCGUGCGGGUCAUCGGACAGCCUCGGGGCAACAUGCUCUUGGUGGGCAUCGGGGGCAGUGGACGCCAGAGUCUGGCCCGCCUGGCCUCCUCCAUCUGCAAGUACAUCACCUUCCAGAUCGAGGUCACCAAACAUUAUCGAAAGCAGGAGUUCCGAGAAGAUAUCAAGCGUCUGUACCGCCAGGCGGGAGUAGAGCUCAAGGCAACGUCCUUCCUUUUCGUGGACACCCAGAUCGCUGACGAGUCGUUCCUGGAGGACAUCAACAACAUCCUGAGCUCAGGCGAGGUCCCCAAUCUCUACAAGACUGAUGAAUUCGAAGAGAUCCAGGCACACAUCGUGGAGCAGGCCAAGGCCGAGCAGGUGUCCCAGUCCUCCGACAGCCUCUUUGCCUACCUCAUUGAGCGCGUGCGGGACAACCUGCACAUCAUUCUCUGCCUCAGCCCCGUGGGCGACCCCUUCAGGAACUGGAUCCGCCAAUACCCAGCCUUGGUGAACUGCACAACCAUCAACUGGUUCUCCGAGUGGCCCCAUGAGGCCCUGCUGGAGGUGGCUGAGAAGUACCUCAUGGGGGUGGACCUGGGGACGCAGGAGAACGUCCACAGGAAGGUGGCCAAGAUCUUUGUCACCAUGCACUGGUCAGUGGUGCAGUACUCCCAGAAGAUGCUGCUGGAGCUCCGGAGAUACAACCAUGUCACACCUACCAACUACCUGGAGCUCGUGUCUGGGUACAAGAGGUUGCUGGGAGAGAAGCGGCAGGAGCUGCUGGACCAGGCCAACAAGUUGCGGACGGGACUGUUUAAGAUCGACGAAACCAGAGAGAAGGUGGAAGUGAUGUCCCUGGAGCUGGAGGACGCCAAGAAGAAGGUGGCUGAGUUCCAGAAGCAGUGCGAGGAAUACCUGGUCAUCAUCGUGCAGCAGAAGCGAGAAGCAGACGAGCAGCAGAAGGCGGUCACGGCCAAUAGUGAGAAGAUUGCCAUCGAGGAAGUCAAGUGCCAGGCCCUGGCUGACAACGCCCAGAAGGAUCUAGAAGAGGCCUUGCCAGCCCUGGAGGAAGCCAUGAGGGCCCUGGAGUCCCUGAACAAGAAGGACAUAGGAGAGAUCAAGUCUUACGGCCGGCCCCCCGCCCAAGUGGAAAUCGUGAUGCAGGCCGUCAUGAUUCUUCGAGGCAACGAGCCCACGUGGGCAGAGGCCAAGCGGCAGCUAGGUAAGCUGGAGAGCCACGGCGUGACCAAUGCCCGUUCACCCCGUGCUUACUAACUGUCUGCUGUGCGCCAGGCACUUGGGGAGACAGAGACGAGUGAGGUGUGCCUUCCACCCUCAAGAGCGGGUAGAGCCUAAUAGGAAGGAAUGGACGUAACUAGCAGUUAAGAUUCUUUGGUCGUAAGUAACAGAAAACAACUCCUCUUAAUUUAAAAGAAACAAAAGGAAAUCGUCAUAAAG